ACCUUCUUGUAAUCCGCGUGGUUCAUUGCUUCAUACUUCAUAGCGUCUCGGGAGAGAGGGAGAGAGGGAGAGAGAGAGAAUGUCGUGCUUGCUGUCGUGCUGCGCGUCUUGUACUUGUGGCCUCUGCAGUUCCGUGGCUUCUGGUAUCUCAAGGCGCUCGGCUAGGCUCGCCUACUGUGGUCUGUUUGGUGCAUCUCUUAUCGUCUCAUGGAUUCUCAGGGAGGUUGCAGCUCCUCUGAUGGAGAAGAUCCCAUGGAUAAAUACUUAUGCUCACACUCCCUCAAAGGAGUGGUUCCAAACAAAUGCAGUUCUUCGUGUCAGUUUGGGAAAUUUCUUAUUUUUUGUGGUAUUUGCCCUCGUCAUGAUUGGUGUCAAAGACCAGAAUGACAAGCGUGAUUCAUGGCACCAUGGUGGAUGGAUCUUGAAGAUUGUUGUGUGGGUUUUACUCAUCAUCCUCAUGUUUUUUGUUCCAAAUGCCAUCAUCACAAUCUAUGAAACACUAUCAAAAUUUGGGUCCGGGUUGUUUUUAUUGGUUCAAGUUAUUAUAUUACUAGACUUCACACAUUCAUGGAAUGAUGCAUGGGUUGAGAAGGAUGAACAGAAGUGGUACAUUGCUUUACUUGCAGUAUCAAUCGGCUGCUACCUUGCAGCAUUUACUUUCUCAGGAAUUCUAUUCAUUUGGUUCAACCCCUCAGGCCAUGACUGCAGCCUCAAUGUUUUUUUCCUUGUCAUGACAAUUAUUCUUGCUUUUUCUUUUGCAGUUAUUGCACUACAUCCAAAGGUGAAUGGCAGCCUCUUGCCUGCAUCAGUGAUUUCUGUGUAUUGUGCAUACUUGUGCUACACUGGUCUCUCAAGUGAGCCUCGAGAUUACAUAUGCAAUGGUCUUCAUAAGAAUUCCAAAGCAGUGUCCACAGGCACCCUCAUUCUUGGCAUGCUUACAACAGUUCUCUCUGUCCUGUACUCUGCUGUCCGAGCUGGAUCAUCUACAACCUUCCUUUCCCCACCAUCCUCCCCCAAGUCAGGUGGGAAACAACCUCUUCUUGAAUCUGAUGAAUUAGAGGCAGGAAAAGAAAAGAAGGAAAAGAAGGAAACCGAAGCCCAGCCAGUUAGCUACAACUACACAUUUUUUCAUCUGAUUUUUGCUCUUGCUAGCAUGUAUUCAGCCAUGCUUCUUACAGGGUGGACCAGCUCAACAUCAGGUAGCUCAGACUUGAUUGAUGUUGGUUGGACGUCAGUCUGGGUCAGGAUCUGUACUGAGUGGGUCACUGCAGCACUGUAUGUCUGGACACUUGUAGCCUCGCUUAUCUUUCCUGAUCGUGAGUUCUUUUAGGCCUAUGUGGUGAUGUGUUUGGCUGUGAUGUAAUAUAUAAUAUAGAUUUCUGGCGCUCGAAGAGAUUGUAGAUACAAGAACUGAAUUAAAUUGGAGACAUUGCUUUCUGUAUGUAAUGAAGAUGGUCUUAUUUGGUUGGUCA